AUGUCCAGCUAUUGGCUACUGGUUCAAACUGAGGAAAUGAACUUAUCCACCAAGGUAAGAAAUCUGCCCUAUGUAGGAUAAUUAGAAAAUUCUAGAAUAACUAGAAAAGUAGAAUAGUUAUAAGCAUUUUACCUCUACCGGUUUUCGAAACACAUUAAAAUUUGCAGAAUAUAGGUAGAUGAUUUGCAACAUGAUGUGCAAAGAGAACCGAUCCAACCGGUCCUCUAGCAGAAAAUGCUUGUAAAUAUCCUCGCCUAUGAUAUAGUAGUUAUUAUGUUUACUUUUCAUAUCAACAUUUUGUUAUCACGUAAAGGUAUAUAUUUUUGCCCGAGAUCGAACGUUGAAAGUGAUUUCGUAUAGCAAAAUAAGUAGACUGUACAUGGUGCUUAAAUUUAAUAACUCUGGGAAAAUAUUGCACAUUCCUUGUAGUUAAAUCACUGUAAGAUUUACACUUUAGAUUUAUAUUAAAACUAGUUCAAAGUGCCUAUGCAAGAUUUUUUAUGAUUGAAUUGCAAAGUUCAUUUAAAAUCAUAAUGUAACUUAUUUUCUAAAACUUUGUUAUCGUUCCUGUAUGCCAAUAUUUUCGACUUUGAUAUGCAAAUGUUACUUAAAUGACGUCACACUGCAUAAUGAGUUUUUAGAAAUAAAACGUUUCCUUGCCCAACAUGUGAUAAUUCCACUGACAUUGAAAGUGAUAUACUUUAAGAACUAUCAAAGCUAUAUCAUUUCGUUUGCAAAUAUGAGUUAAUGACAAUUUUAUCAAGGUCCAAUAUCUUGAUAUACAGGAAAGAUAACAAAGUUUUAGAGAAAAAAAGUUACAUGAUUUUAAAUGAACUUUACAAUUUAAUCAUAAGAAAUCUUGCAUAAGGCACUUUAAACCGCGAUGAGAUAAAGUGAAAUAUUGAAGGCUAAGGCCCAUCAAGUCAAAGCUAAUGUAUUUUUUCAUUGCCAGAUAUUGAUGAAUACACCACAAGAUGAUCAGCUGGGUUACGUAUUCAUGAAAUUUGAUGGUUGCAAGGAAGUGAUUAAGUUUGGUAAGAGAGACAGUAUUUCUUUAAACAGUUUUAAUUUGGCACACGAAUAACUAGACAAUAUUGUGCAGCGACAGCUUACUAACGUUUUUUUGCUAAGUCAUUUUUUGACGAAUGUAAGAUUUUUGUCUAAAUAAAUUGUCCGGAGUACAAUACGACUCCUUAACGUAUGCCUAAGUCAUUCGGCUGAACAGAUGCUCUUUUGUAUUCCUAAUAAGGCUUUUGCCUAACUCAAUCAUGUGACAUAGCCAAUUCGUGCAAAUAGCUUUAUAUGUUCUUUUACAUUCUUGAAACACAGUUUUUAAACUGUCUUAAGAUGAAGAGUAUCUAAAAAAUAGAGGUGAAAAAUAAGUCACCGUACAAAUUAAAAAACGUUUUUGAGUUUUUUUUACGUUUUCUGGAAGUGCCAAAAAAAAAACGAGUUAGGCACAAAAGUUAGUAAGCUUUUGACGUAAAUUACAUAGAAAAUUACAUUAAAGAAGAAUAUAUGGAAAGUGCAAAAAAAACUGUGCUUUACAUCAGAUGUGAUAAUAAAAACAUGGCAAAAAGUAUGAAAUAGGCAAAAGGAAGGAUAUAGAAAGCUAGACGUAGAGUGGAUUAAAAGAGUGGCAUGGAAGAUUUUAUUUCGUCAUCGUCAAUGAGUGCGAGCAAGGACACUAAGGAAAGUCAGGAGUGUAGGCAGUAGCAGUUAGGUGGAGGUAUGUAGGUGGAGGUACGUGUUGUAAGGAUCUACAACUUUGAAAUGUACUAGUUUUACAAGUUGCGUUUUAAACAGUGAAAAAAGAUCAAGUCCUUCUGUUCUGGUUUAGUUGAUCUUUACUGUUCUGGUUUAAUGGGUGAUUCCAGCUGUGGACGAAAUUUUGAUCUAGGCAAGAAGAACGAAAUCCAACACCACACCUAGAAAGAGCAUCUUAAAUUGAGUAAAAUUGCAAAUGUUCUAAAAUGAGGAAAAUAUAGCCUUGUGGAGUUCGCAAUUUUUGUAUAUAUUUGUAUUACGCGCGGUAAAAAUAACCACUUUCCGCUCAAAAAUGGUUAUUUUUCCCGCGCGUAAAGGGAUGGCUGCUACUGGGGCACCAAACUUUUCGAAGCAUUUUUUUUAGUAUAUACCGAGCAUUUUAUUUGUUUUUGCCACCAUCUUUAGUAUUUGAGGGUCACGUUUCAAAUUACUAGACGCAAAGAUACCGAGACUUUUUCGCUUUACAUGCUGAUUAUUCAUUUUCUUAUAUGCGGUAUGGAAAAACAAUUGGCUUAUGUUUUAUUCGUACUGUCAGUACCUCGGAUUCUUCGGUAUUGAUCAACAAUGGCUUCUUGCGGAAAAAAAUUGAUGUUUUAUACCUCGAUUUGUCCUAAAGUAUUCGACUCUGUUGUCAAACAAAAGCUAAACACUUGAAGACCUGGCAUCUUCUGGUGCUGGUAGAAAAAAAGCCAUCGAAAUUUUUUGAUGAUCUUCAUAUUUUCCUGAUUGGACAAGACGGGUGCCAUAGGAAUUGAAAGCAGUAUUGACACAUCAACCUUGGAAAUCAAGUCCUAAUGCGCCCUACGUUAUUAUAUCACUCUGUCUAACGCCAGACGAUUUUACUCGUCAAGGGGAGAGCGCUGGAACUCAGUGGGUUAAUACAAGGUUCACUUGCGUUGUGUGGUAAAUGUUUAUUCCUUUUUUUAUUAUUGUAGAUUGUUACUGGCCUGCCAAAACUUAG